CUCAGUACGCAACGAAACCUUUUGGGAAACAGGUGUGUGCGAAUUCGUGUCAAGAUGUCGCAGUCAAACGGAAUAGUUAAUCCAAAUGAGCAUUUGAGCAUACCCGAAUGGAUCACUGAAAGCUAUUUCAAGACAGUGCUCGAUAAGGACGAACCGGACCAUGUAAAAGUACUAAAAUUUACACCUGUGGCAGCCAUACCACCUGGCGAAAACUUCACCUCCAUAAUGCUGCGCAUUUACAUUGACCUAGAAAUGAAAGAUGGCAGCACAAAGACAAAAACCUAUGUCUUCAAGACCAUGCUGCCCAACGAAAAGGGCGGAGCUGAUAUUGAUGCAUGGGGUCUGUUUCCCAAGGAACUGGCAAUGUACAAGAAGUAUCUGCCCGCCUUCGAGGCACUCUAUAAGGCAGCCGGCGAGGAAAUCCAAAUAGCGCCCAAAUGUCUGCAAACAGAGCAGCGUGGAAGUUUGAUUAAUUUUAUAUUUGAAGAUCUUAGUAUCAGGAAAUUCCAGAAUGUGGAUCGCUUGAAUGGCCUAGACAUGGCUCACAUGACGAGAGCCCUACGUAAGCUGGCCGAGUUCCAUGCAGCCAGCGCUGUUUAUGAAGAACAAAACGGUGCCUUUCCUACUGAGUUUCAGGAGGGAUUUGUUUCACUUAAAAGUGAAAUGUUCGUAAAGCAUGGCUUUAAACUGAGAGGGGAAUCCUUUAAAAAGUCUAUGGAGACAUGGGGCAUGAAGGAUGCCGAAAAAUAUAUUAAAAACUUCCCGUCUCUUGACGAUUAUUGGGCCAUGUCCGUCAGCUCCCUGGACAUUGAUCCUCUGGAUUUUAAUACUUUAACCCACGGUGAUUUCUGGUCAAGUAAUUUUAUGUGCAACUAUUUGCCAGAUGGAACAUUGGAUCAACUGAUUCUGGUUGAUUUCCAAGCCUGCAAAUGGGGAGAUCCGGCAAUAGAUCUUUUAUUUUUCAUUACACUAUCCGCUGCCAAGGAUAUACGUAUCAGGGAGUUCGAUAGUUUCAUCUACAUCUACUGGGAGCGAUUAGUAGAGUGCCUAAAGCUUUUGAAGUAUCAAAAGCCAUUGCCCAAGUUAAGGAAUCUGCAUACCUCCCUCUAUAAGAAGCAGAACUCUUUCUAUGCCUUCUUCGCUAUCUUCAAUCACCUGCCUAUAAUUAUGUUUCCCAGUGACAAGGACACCAAUCUACACAACGUGAUGGGCGACACCGAAGAGGGUGAAAAAUUGCGACUACGUCUUACCUCCAAUCCUACUUAUGGUGAUGUAAUGAAGGACUUGUAUCCAUUUUUCUACCAUCGCGGAUUGUUCAAUUUUGAUGAUUAUAAAACGCAAGAGGCGAGGCGAGUUAUUGGAUCUGUUCUCAGUUGCUCAGUCAGAAUGCCCGAUAACAGCAACAAGUUCUGCGAGUCAAAUCACACAUGCAUUCAAAUACCCAGCUGGAUCAAUGGGGCUUAUUUUAAGAAGUUGCUAAAACGUGAGCUAAGCGAUUUUCGCAAAAUAUUGAAUCUCUCGAUAAUACCGGCCUCGCCACCUGGCGAGUGCGAGAGCUACACCUCGCUGCUAAUGCGCAUUAUCAUCGACAUCGAAAUGAAAGAUGGCUUCACCCAGCAGAAAUCGUAUAUUAUGAAGACCAUGCUGUCGGAUGCAGAAGGCGUCGGAUUUGUCAAUACUCUGAACAUCUUUCCCAAGGAGAAACAGACGUAUGAGCUCAUCCUGCCACAGCUGGAGCAGCUCUACCAGGAACAAGGUCGCACGGUGAAAUUCGCACCCAAAUGCCACUGGAUGGAGAAUGUGAACGGUCGCAUCUCACUGAUACUGGAGGACCUGAAGACGAAGAAGUUCAGCAAUAUCAAUCGACUCAAGGGCUUCAAUAUGAAGCAGAUGCAGCGCGUGCUGGAGAAACUGGCCGAGUUCCAUGCGGCCAGCGCGGUCUGGCAUCAGCGCAACGGUCCAUAUCCGGAGGAUUUUCACCGUAUCUAUCUGCCAGCCAACUAUCACAGAUCCAAGUCGUAUCAGGCACGCAUACAGAGCUAUAAGACGGCCAUGGCCAGCUGGGGCUUCGCUAAUGCCGAGCUCUACACGAGCCGCCUGCCCACAGCGGAUCAAUUUGUGCAAUCGGCUGCGCAUUGCUUAAACAACGAUCCGCAAGAAUUUCAAGUGCUUAAUCAUGGUGACUUCUGGUCCGGCAACAUAUUGCUGAACACCACAGUGGCGGGUGACAUCAACGAGAUACGUUUCGUGGACUUUCAGCGCUGCAAGUGGGGCAGCCCCGCCCAAGAUCUGUGGGAGCUGAUCAUCUGCUCGGCGCAUCACAGUCUGCGGAUCAAGCAAUUCGACUGCUUCGUUCGCAUGUAUCACACGCAUCUGAUCCAGUGCCUCAAGCUACUCAACUAUGCCAAGCCACUGCCCCUCCUCAAGGAGCUGCACAUGAGCAUGCUUCGGCAUGGCUUCUGGGGCUACUUUACGACGUUUAUGCAUCUGGCGCUCAUUCUGCUGCCCGUGGACAAGGAUGCAAGUCUGCCCAAGCUAAUGCUGCCGGGCGAGGAGGGCGAUCGCUGUCGUACCAAGGUCUACACGAAUCCCUUGUAUGUGCGAGCCGCCUUGAGCAUAUUUCCGUUUCUGCAGAGGCGUGGCCUCUUAGAGUUUUAGUCUAUUCCAAUUUCUAUUUACUUAGCCACGUCUUGACGAAUUUCUACUAUCUGUAAAUAAAUGUAUAUAUAUGUAUAUGUAUAGA